AAAUAACUGAAAAGGGGAAAUGGAUGAUACAUUUCCAGAUGAACGCAAAGCGCUCCAUAUCAAUGAUCCUCUCGCAGCAGCAUCCAGUUGCAAAACGUCAAUUCCAAGUCUGGAGAUACAGACGUAAAGAUGAGUGCAAACUCUCUGACUCAAUUGAUGUCUACGUGCCUGAUGUUCUGGAGACAAGAAGUCAUAGAAGACUAGAUAAGGGACAUUGCGUGCUGAAGUUUCCCCUGGAGGGCCAAUAUGAAUUUUUCAAGAGGGGGAUGAUGACAACUAUCUCUACCUCAAUAAGACGGAUCCCGAAUCUUAACUCACGAGCAACAUCUCUAUCAGCGACAGAUCCGGGCAUUGUCGAGGCGAAGCUCCAUCUACCAUCGAACAUUGUCCCAAGCAUAAUCUUCUACCAACAUAUCCAUCUACGUGCCAGCUUGUCAAGUAGAGAUCCCUCGGCCAAGGCCAUCAGGACGGCGCAUCAAGCAGCGGAACAGCUACGGAUCCUUUAAUUAGGAGGCAAGUUAUCACUCGAUCGCCUAUUGGUGCAGAUAUGCGCAUUUACGGU